UUACUCUCAGGUUUCAUUCAGAAACCAUUUUGCAGUUGGAGAUGGUUUGUGAAGAAACAAACCUCUGAUGCGGGGUUACCGUGUGUCUCUGAAGUAGCUUGUGCUGUGUCUCAGGAGUCCUGGUCCUGUCCUGGUAUCCACCCGGCAUGGCUGAUGAUAAUGGAGAACCUUCAGAUGACCUGGUGCCUGCGAUUCUGGACACCGCCCAUCAGUACAACAUCCAGGUAUGGCUCCCAUGGCGCAUUUUACCGCUAUAAGAACAGCAUGGGUAAGAGCCUCCCACUCUUUUAUAUCUAUGACUCAUACCUGACAACCCCUGAGGCCUGGGCCCAUCUCCUGACACCAGACGGGCCACACUCAAUCCGCAACACUCCCUAUGAUGCGGUCUUCAUAGCUCUGCUGGUGGAGGAGGGCCACACCCACGACAUCCUGGCCGCUGGUUUCGAUGGCAUGUACACCUACUUUGCCUCCAAUGGUUUCUCCUUCGGCUCCUCCCAUCAGAACUGGAAAGCUGUGAAGAACUUUUGCGAUGCCAACAACCUCAUGUUCAUUCCUAGCGUGGGGCCUGGCUACAUUGACACCAGCAUCCGGCCCUGGAAUAAUCACAACACGCGGAACAGGGUCAAUGGCAAGUACUAUGAGACAGCCCUGCAGGCAGCCCUGACCGUGAGGCCCGAGAUUGUCUCCAUCACCUCUUUCAAUGAGUGGCACGAGGGCACCCAGAUUGAGAAGGCCAUUCCCAAGAAGACACCGACUCGUCUGUAUUUGGACUACCUGCCUCACCAGCCCAGCCUGUACCUGGAGCUAACUCGCCGCUGGGCUGAGCACUUCAUCAAAGAGAAGGAGCAGUGGCUGAUGUGAGGGGCCUGCAAACAGGGCAUGAAGUCCUGAUGUCCCAGCCUCACUGGAAUAUUGUCCCCAUGUGGGGCUCUGCUGAGGUUGCAGGCACUCAGUCUCCAAGUCAGCAGCUGGGUGCCUCUGUGGGCCAUCAGGCCUGGGCCCAGGUAGGAACAGAGCCUGUUCCUCAGGCAGGCAGUGCUGGGGUUGCUGGGCAGACAGGAAACAGGGCAGUGUUCCAGAGAGGAAACUGCAGGGCUGGCAGGUGACUGGACUUAGCCCAGGGAAGCUUCACAUCCAGUCAGAACACUAAAAUAAUCCCUUCUAGCUUUGAACUCAGCAGGUUGCUGUGGUGUAGUGGAGUCACCAAGCCACUGCUCUUAGAAGGGUGCCAGGGUUCUGGGCCAGCAUGCACCCUGCUCCCUUCUGCCAGCCUCCGUCCUCUCUUCAGGCCUCCCUGCCAUAUCGUCUAUCUUGUCCAAGUUAGGGAACCAUAUUUGAGACUUCCUAAAAGUGAAAUUCUUAGGUUUAAGCGAUUCCCAGUAGAUUCCUGAACCCAAUUUUCAGGAAAUAAUCCUGAGCACUCACACAUUCAUUCAACACAGACUAACCGAGAACCUUACUAUGUGCUGGGAGCAAAUGACCAGGAAUGGUUCCUGUCUUCAACUUACAGGAUCCAGCUUCCUUUAUUUAGUAUGGCCUUGUAGCUAGUGCUGAAGCACAGCUAUAGGUUUUUCCUUUUUGCAGUUUUAACCACUGCUGGGAGCUCUGUUUCCUCUAAGAAAAUACCUCUGUGCUUUGAGCCUCCGUUUUCCCAGAUGAACAUUUAGCUCCAGGGAGAGGACUGGGACACCCCCCUUCCCUUUAGCUGCCUAAACUGAACGAGGCCCAUUUGCUAGAGCCAUUUUCAGUGCUACUGUGAUUUGUAUUAAUUAAAUGAUGUGGUAUUCUCAAGUGAACUUCCUCCUGAUCUCUUCAAGACUUCAAAUUCUGAUCCUAGUCAGAUUCUGGCAAAUUGACAUGUGGGAUGGCUAGUGUUAGCACAAUGAGUGAGUUUGCUUAAGAAAUCUGUAAGCAAGAUUUCUAGGGGGGAUAUUUAACAAACCAUUACUUCUUUACAAAUAAACUGAUGUGCUAAUUGCAGACACUCAAAGCAGGUCCUGGGACACCUUCUUGGCAAGAUUCUUAGGAUCUACUUGAAAAUAUGUACAUUGAAAACCACUAUAUUGAGAAGUUUGUGGGCUCAAGACUGAAUCUCAAUUCUGGGAACUGGGGUACAAGGCAGAGGGGAAGUAGUGGGCCCUACUGGCUACCAGAAGGACUCCCAGCUGCAGUUAAGUAACUGAUACUAAAUCCCACAGAUGGACGAGGCAGCCCUGAUCACCUUGCUUGUGACUUAGUUGGGAAAACCAAGGCAAGCAAGGACAGGUGAAAAGGGCUGGUGACUCGUAGUAAUUUAUAGAAAGGAGUAACACCGAGGCCUCAUUUCACAAAUACACAAUUUGAAAAAUGCCGGAAGUACGGCAAUGCCCCAGCAAGUAGGGGAAGCAAUUCUCAUGUUGCUGACGGCAACCUGAUUCAGUUCUCUUGAAGGCUAAUCUAGAUCAAGAGCCAUGAAAAUGUUCAUACACUCUGACCUAGUAAUCCUACGCUAAGGAAAUAAUUCAAAGAAGAAAAUCAAACCACUUUGAAAGAUGUUUAAGAGCAGCAUUAUUUUCUACUAAAAAAAACAAAGUUCAAAUGCCCAACAGUAACUGUGUUUAACACUUGGUAUACAUAUGAAUACAAAAGGCUGCCAAGUAGACACUGGAUUUAAAUUAAAGUAUUAUAAUUUAUUUUAUAAAUAAGAAAAAGUCAGUCUGAGAGAGAUAAUAUUUAUUUUCCAAUACUCUUUAAUUUGGACACCACCUCCCACUCCUCAUCUCACUCUCUGCCAACUGAGCUGACUUCCCACCAUUAGACCAAAAUGAUGAUUCUUCACCAGGCAAUUAGAGCACGACACACCACCAGCCCCUAGUUCAGAGGAAACAGUGUUUGGCCUGUAGCUCUACAAUCUU